AUGGGUGGCGGAGUCGGAGCCGCAUUUAAGCGGCCCGGGUACGGCGCCCGCCUCCAGCGCGUCCUCGGGCUCGGCUCCCGCCGGACGCCCUGCUCUCUGCCCCCCGGAGGGCCCGCUCGGUGCCGCCCGGCGACCCCGCUGCCCGGCCAUGCGAACGCCGGCCCCGCUGCGAUGAGCUCGCACAUCGCCAAGAGCGAGUCCAAGACGUCGCUGCUGAAGGCGGCUGCGACGAGCGGGGGCAGCCGGGUUCCCCGCCAGGGCCCGGCCCGGGAGCCAGGGCUGCCCAGCCGCCGGCUGCCCGGCACCUGCCCUGGCACGCCGCCGCCGUCCGGGGACCCCAGCUUGCGGAGGCCCCUGUGCCGGCCGGCGCCGCGAGAGGAGGGCGUGCGGGGAAGCCGCUGCGGGCUGCCCCCGGCACACUGCAGGCCCCGGGAGGCGCUGCGGGCGGCCGCGGCGUCCCGCCCUUCUCCGCAGUCGCCGCUGCCGCCGGCCCGCGGGCGGGAUGGGCGGGAAGGGGGGCUGUCCCCGGCGCUCGGCCUCCGGUGCGCGCAGGGAGCCCCUAGUCGCGGGGUCUCCGCUCCAGCUGCCGCGCCCGAGGCAGACCCGUUCCUCCGCCGGCUGCACCCCAUGCUCAGCUCCGCCUUCGGCCAGGACAGAUCCCUGCGGCCAGAGGAGAUUGAAGAGCUCCGAGAGGCCUUCCGGGAGUUUGACAAGGACAAGGACGGCUACAUCAACUGCCGAGACCUGGGCAACUGCAUGCGCACCAUGGGCUACAUGCCCACCGAGAUGGAGCUCAUUGAGCUGUCCCAGCAGAUCAACAUGAACCUGGGUGGCCAAGUGGAUUUCGAUGACUUUGUGGAGCUAAUGGGACCUAAACUCCUGGCAGAGACGGCGGACAUGAUUGGUGUGAAGGAACUACGAGAUGCUUUCCGAGAAUUUGACACCAAUGGUGAUGGGGAGAUAAGCACCAGUGAGUUGCGAGAGGCCAUGAGGAAACUCCUGGGUCAUCAGGUGGGACACCGAGACAUAGAGGAGAUUAUCCGCGAUGUGGACCUUAAUGGGGAUGGCCACGUGGACUUUGAAGAGUUCGUCCGGAUGAUGUCCCGCUGA